CAUUAUUGUUGAGGGGUGUUGUUGGUCAAUCAUAUUUUAUGCAUUAAACCAAUGGGGUACGUGGUCAUCGUGCAUAAAAUAAGAUCAAUUUGGCUAGCUCACGGUUUACAUUCGAGUGAGUAGGUGAGACAAUGGCCAAAGUACAAGUAACCAAGGACCUGUUUCUGUGGUGUAUGUCCGCCAUCUACCUCUGCGCUUUCACAUCGCUGUACGUCCAAAUACCAGGACUGUAUGGAGAUGGAGGUAUCCUACCGGCCAGAGUGGUUUUAAAACCAGACGGUCGACCCGUCGAGAAACGGUUCCAGAAACGCCCUUCCCUCAUGUGGUUUACAAUGGACCUCGGCCUGGAGGCUCAAGAAGGGAUGGAUCUUAUUUGCAUAUUGGGAUGCGUGGUGUCGCUAAUCUGCCUGGUCUCAAGACGAAUGCGCGACGGCGCCAUGUUCGCAUUGCUCUGGUUCCUCUAUAUGUCAGUGUAUGAGGUUGGACAGACAUUCCUUUGGUUCCAAUGGGACAUCCUUCUACUUGAAGCCGGAUUCCUCACCAUCCUCGUUGCCCCGUUUCAUCUAAGCAAAUGGCGUCAACCGACCGGCAGCCAGCACGACACGAUAACCCUGUGGCUUGUUCGUUGGUUGCUUUUCCGUUUGAUGUUUGCGUCCGGCGUGGUGAAGUUGACGAGUUUAUGUCCGACAUGGUGGGAUCUGACGGCUAUGGACUGGCAUUACGAAUCCCAGUGUAUUCCCACAUCCUUAGCUUGGUACGCUCAUCAGAUACCACAGUGGUUUCAGAAGCUUAGCGUCGCUGCGGUUUAUGCCAUUGAAUGUGGGACACCCUUUCUGUUCGUCUCCCCGAUUCGAAACCUUCGUCUGUUUUCAUUUUACUCUCAGAUCUUGCUGCAGGUUCUGAUCGUAGCAACGGGCAACUAUAACUUCUUCAACCUCCUGACUAUAACGCUUUGUAUUUCGUUACUGGAUGAUCGGUUCUUUGGUAGAGAAAACACCAGUGAAAAAAGUGAUUCUUUGCUGGCCAGUUUUUCUCGGCUCUUGACCAAGCUCAUCUCUUUCGGAGUUUAUGCUGGGAUUAUUUACGCCAUGAUUAAGCUGUUCACUCUGCGGAUCGAUUUUGAAAAAUAUAGCAUCGAGUCUAAAAUUGCUUUUAGCCAGGACGGUUUCUUUAAAGCACUGGAGAAUGUCAUGCCAUAUACGAUUUGGAUCGGAAAAAUCUCUCUCGGAUCGGAAAUAAUCCUGGCCCUCUGGAGGUGUUUAAGCGAGGAGAAAGGUCUUUUAUCCAAGCUGUGGUCGUGUUGUAAAUGCUUAGUGAUUACUGGCUUAGCCGUCUACAUGUUCACAAUCAGCCUGGUGCCUCAUAGUUUGGUGGACAAGACGGCCACAGCGAGCAUCACUCCCGAGGUCAGACAACUACACGACAACGUCCGGAACCUAAAUCUCGUACACUCCUACGGACUUUUUAGGAGAAUGACCGGGGUCGGAGGUCGUCCAGAGGUCAUCAUGGAGGGUAGUCAUAGUCUGAACUCUGGAUGGAAGGCAUAUGACUUCCUGUACAAGCCAGGAAAUAUCAGCGGUCCUCCGCCUUUUGUGGCCCCCCACCAGCCCAGGUUGGACUGGCAGAUGUGGUUUGCAGCGCUGGGGAGUUACGAGCAAGCGCCAUGGUUUAUCAAUUUUGCUUAUCGUCUACUGGAAGGGAAGCAAGAGGUUUUGGAUUUGAUGGGUUCAAAUCCCUUCCCGGAUAAACCUCCGAAGUACGUCAGAGCUAAGCUUUAUACGUACCACUAUACAACACUAAAAUCAACUUCUUCAAACUGGUGGAGACGCAAGUUUGAGCGAGAUUACAUGCCAGCGAUAUCGAAAGAAACCAAAGGAUUGAAAGAUCAUCUUCAACAUCAUGGAAUAAUUCAGGGAUCGACCAAAAGCAAGAAAAAUGCAGCAACGGAAAGUUUUAUACAGUUGUUAUUGUCGGCAAUACGGAGUUACAUCGGGACACUAUCCGGACCGAUAUUAAUAUUUUCCCUUUUUGUGCCUGCGGUUGUUCUCAGCCGCAUCAGUUAAAAGUACUUAAGUAUGUUUCAGGUUUUUCUUAAAGGCAGGGUAUACUUUUGAUAAUUGUAAAUUUGUUGACAAACAAUUUUUGUAACUUUUGUUUUGAUGCACUCUUGGUAUAGGGCUACAAGAAGAUAAAUUUUCAAAAUUUUCAAAAGUGAAAAGAAUUCAUGGGAGCUGAAGGUAGGAAUUGAUAUUCCUCUGAAAAAACAGUCUAGAUUGUAGGAUGGUGGGAAACAUGCACCUGGCAGAGUUCCAAACCUGUGAAAAUUUUGGCGCAAUUGGUCAUCGAAAAUGCAAGAAAAUAAUACAAUUGUCUACUUUCAGACGCUCAAAGAAAGUUGCAAGAAAAUUAUAAACGAAAAAAUACUCUUGUUGCCUACAAAUGUGUGCUUGGACAUGUAACAUCAACAGUAUUCCAGUGCUUUUUAUCAAGUAAGUUUUCACGGUCGUUAAUUUCAGAGUAAUAACCAAAGGUAUACCCUCCCUUUAAAGGUAUUAUUGUUUCAAUUCAUUUGAAUUAAAUCUAUUGCUGGACAGAAAAAGGCUGAAUUUAAUGCUUAGUUUAAGGGCAAGGAGUAAAACUUCAGACUGCUGCAAAAUUUCACAGCAAAGCUGCUUAGCGACAAAUUUCAUGCACCAAUGAUUUUAAUUUCAAAGCGCUGCCAACCGUAAGCAAGGAAAAAGGCAUAAUGAUUGAUACAAAUUUAGGCUUCUGAUAAACAGGCCUGCAAGUUUUUGGACUCCCGUAAAUGGCCAACCGUGUUAGUUCGCACAGUGAAAGGAUAACCAUGCAAUUUCAAGGCAAAUUUGUGUGGA